AUGACCGGGAGGUUUAUGGGUCUUGUGGUCAUCCGUAACGUAACUAGAACUCAGUCAAUAGCGCAAGACCACUUCCUUCCUCAUCCAAGUGACAUCCUCAUUUGCACACCACUCAAAGUAGGCACGACUUGGAUCAAGGCUCUAGCCUUCGCCACCUUCAACCGAAAAGACCAGCCAUGCAAACGGAGUUCGAUUCUCUCUCACACUCCCCAUAUCUGCGUCCCAAACUUGGAGUUUAAUCUUUAUGGUGGAAGAAAGUUGUCGGAUCUCACUGUUGCCGCAUCCCCGAGACUUCUAAGCACUCACAUUCCUAGCAGCCAAUUGUUCCUUGCUUCAUGGCUUAGUUCUGGGUGUAAGUUUGUUUAUCUUUGCAGGAACCCUAAAGACACCUUUAUUUCUUCUUGGCACUUUUUUAAUAAGAUUUUAAGAGAUGUGCAUUAUAAGGUGUCCCUUGGUGAUGCUUUUGACGCCUUUCUGAAAGGGAUUCACUCAGCAGGACCACUAUGGGACCAUGUUUUUGGUUUUCGAAUGCUAGGAAACCAAAUCCUGAUAAGAAAAGGCAAGGUUGGUGAUUGGGUUAACUUUUUGAUUCAAGAUAUGGCUCAACAACUCGAUGAAUCAAUGGAACAAAAACUCCAGGGCUCUGGUUUAUCCUUCAAAGCAUGA